GCAAAUUCAGUUACAUUAAUUUACAGCUGUGGAAAUAAAAGCCGUGAAUCCAUUAGUGAAUACAUUGAUAACUAAUAAAACACCGGAAGCGAGGACCGCGCCUUACAAAUGAGCAUCCCCCAAAGUGAGCAAGACAUUUAUGAACAUUGAUGGAUGAGGAGUUCUUCAAGGCUGGAAAUCUAUUUCGACGCUGUUCAUGAACUUUUAAAGUUUAGGAUUUCAUAUCAUUGGCCAUCUUACGGACUAUUAUAUUGCCUUAGCCAUAAAACGAUGUCAAUGAGUAUUUUCUUAAAGGGGAUCUAUGCAGCACAACUAGCCAUCUGCUACUCAGAAAUUUAACUGGUGAAUAACAUACCGGAAAAUGGACUUAAAAAUCCAAUAUUGUCCGGUUUCAUUGAUUUUCCCUUGUACGUCUUCUAUAAUCUUGACGUCAGACUUUUAAUAACACUUUCUAGAAGGACCAUGCUGAGAAAUGAGCAAAUGACGACAAGUGUAUCGAAAGUUAAAUGAGUAUCUGCCAGAGUAAUUACCGUGUAAUCUUUCUUUAUUGUUUGUUUACUUUCACUUGACCUUGUUUUCAGAAAGUGUUCAGGAUUAUAUAUUCAAACACACUGACAUAUCUGAAUUUGAGUGUAUAUACACAUUGUAUUUCAUUGCGUGGCAAAAUUAUCUCCAGUGAACGAGGAACAAUGAUAUGAACCGGAGCCUUCAAUAUGGAGAAUUCCACGUGCCACAGCGACGUCGCCUACAAGACGCAUGUAGAGAACAUCGCAGCGGAGCAGAUCUGGAUCUAUGUGUCACCUGUUCUGAUAGUUGUGGGCACUAUCGCAAAUACGCUCUCGAUCAUCGUGUUGCUGCACAAACGAAUGCGCACAUCAACAACCAUGUUCUAUUUGACCGUUCUUUCGUUUGGCGAUAUGAUGGUACUAUACACAGGUUUACUUCGAUACUGGAUUAAAUCAGCGUUCGACAAAGAUAUUCGUCUGAUAUCGCAGUUUUCCUGCAAGAUUCAUGCUUUUUUGGUGUAUUUUUCCCUAGAUUUUACAACAUGGGUUUUAGUAGCGGUGACAAUAGAUCGGUGUGUAUUUGUAUGCCUUCCUUUUAAGGCCAAGCGACUCUGCACCUUAACUCAUGCUAGAAUGGUAGUGGUGUGUAUAGGUCUUAUAAUGACAGCUCUGAAUUUUCACUUGUUCUGGGGUGUGUCACAUGAGAUGCAGCUUGGAGAACUAUCUUGCACGCACGCGAACGACUUCACCGAAUUCGCCUGGCCCUGGAUAGAUUUCUGUGUGUUUAGUAUAAUUCCAUUUACUAUCAUGAUCAUAGCAAACAUACUUAUUAUCAGACAUCUAUUUAUGGCACACAAGCGUGUGGCUUCCCAUCACCACGAAACAUCCCAUUCGGAACAAUGCCAAAGCGUCAUAAAUCAUUCCAAUGGAAACGGUGUGCGAACAAAGCAAAGAAAGGUUCCGAGUAUCACUACCAUGUUGCUGACGACAAACUGUGUGUUUUUGGCGUUAACUUUGCCAAUUGUAAUCUACUUAAUUGUUUAUCCGUACGUACUCUAUGAUGCCACAGAUCACGUGACUGCAGUUUUGAAGUUGCUAUGGGCAAUCGCGAAUAUGUUUCAAUAUGCGAAUAACACCAUUCAUUUCUUUCUGUAUUGUUUAACUGGACCUCGUUUCCGUCGUGAACUAUUUAAAGUGUUUAAAAUAAAGUCUAGAUCAUCUCACGAGUUAACAACGACCAUGGAAAUGCACUGAUUAAAACUGAAACUAGAAUACACAUUUUUGUAGAGUAUUCUGAGUUCAAAAGCUGUGAAGAACAAAGAAAAUAGAUCUGUAUAGAAUAAUUGUUGUUACGAAAUAUGACAUACACGUGUACAUAAUUAAUAGUGUAAAUCUUCUUCUUUUUUUUUUUUUUAUAUAUUUCGCGUGGAUAUAAUACUGUAUUUGGGACACAUGUACAACUCUCGUAAAUCAUUGUAUAUUACUCAAGUCCUCUGUAUGUAAGAGGUUGUUCGCUAAAACCAUAUUUUCGCUAUGGCUGGUCUCGUGCAGUUGCGCGAAGAUAAUGUUUUCGCAAAUAAAAUAUGAUUUGCAGUAUUUCAUACAAAGGUAAUUGAUUGCAGUAUGUUUAGGUUGUUUAUUAUGAGUAAACCGGAUAUAAACAGCGGAAGUAUGGUAUGAUUAUGCGUGUAAUGUAACUCCGUACUCAAACAAUCAUUGUAUUUCUUAUACAUUUUCUAUAUUGUGAAAUAUACGGGUUUUAUGAUAAGUUGAAAGAUCAUUUCUUCUGUACAGAAAUAAACUACAUUGAUACAACAUAGUUGUAUAAAUAAAAUAUUGGUAAAUGUUG